AUGUCUAUCAGACUCACCCACGGCAUUGUCGCCGUCGACGGCCGUUUCAACUGCAUGCAAAUGGGCCAGCUGAGCCCUCUGUCGUACGUUUGCGCCGCUCUCACACACACCUUGAAGCAGCAGUCAGAAAGCGCUAGAGCCUCGAGCUCUCCCGCCUCACCGAAGCUCGAAAAGGGGCCGCCACCACCGCAGCCACCGCCAUCACACAGCGUUGUGCUAGAGUACUACUGCGCGCUGCACAUCGGCGAGGACGACGACUUGCUAAGACCCCAGGGCCUGAUUCGUUGUCUCACCACACAGCUGAUCCUCUCGCUCCUCGCCAACGGGUGGAUGGGGCAGACGAGGCUGUGUCUCUGCCUCAUCUGCGAGACAGCAGGGAGGAAGAGGUGCUAG